AUUUUCUCACACUAUAAAAUUAUUCGAAAACGUAUCAAAACAAAACUGAAGGCAAAAUCGAAAAUGGAAUAAAUAAAAUUCGUAUAUCGGCAUUUACAUACAUAUGUGUAUAGAAUAUUUGUAAACAUAACAUUGUUUGUGUUUUUUUUUUCGGGCAACUCAACGCCAGAACAUUAAAAUUUUAGCGAUUUUCGUAAUGCCGCACUGCGAAUUUACUUUCGAACGCGAACCGCCGGUAUAUGUGUGUGGUGAAAGGCUGACUGGCAAUGUGGCAGUAUCAUUAGUCAAAGAAAGAUCACUAGAAGAUAUACACAUAGUCUUUUGUGGCAAAGCCAGCGUUAGCUGGGUUGACACAAUGGCGCGCUUUCCAAAGCUCUAUUCCGCAGAGGAGACAUAUAUGGAGAUGGAAACAGUCGUAUUUCAAGGCGGUCUACUGCAACCAAAAACAUAUAACUACAAAUUUGAUUACCACAUACCAGAAACAUGCCCGACAACUUGUACGACAGAUAUUGGUCGUAUUUUCUACGAAUUAUCUUUAAUUCUGCAAUUCAACGAUAAGACAGAGACACGUAAGUUCACCAGUGUAAUAAUGGUGUUGCAGGUGUUCAAUAUCAAUACAGUGCCCAAUGCAUUGCUGCCAGUUGUACGUAACGAUGAGAUCUUCUUCUGCUGUUGGCCCUGUUCGGCCGGUCCGAUUGAGAUAAAUUUGAAGACAGCACAGGGCGCCUACAUACCCGGCGACACCAUAAACUUCUCUAUUGAAGUAUCUAAUAUGUCAAAACGUUGUAAAUUUCGCACACACAUUACCGCCUACUUCGUGCAAAUCUACAAAUUCACUACACAAGUGCCGCGUCGGCGCACACGCUAUAUCUCGUACAUUUUGAGUAGUGUGGCAAAUCACAUUAUUGUCAAAUCGAAUGAUUUCGCUUCCAUGGAUGAGGAUUUCUUCGUGCCACCGCUGCCGCCAUCCACACAAGGUACACAUAUAAUAUCCAUUAAAUAUGAGUUACGUCUGCAGACGCGCAUCAGCAAUGUCACACAAACAAUGUCGGACCUGACCUUGCCCAUACUGAUUGGCACGUCGGCGAAUAUAACACCCGAGCAUACCAAUGUGCGGAGUAAGAGUAGACGCUGGUAAUAAGGUUACGUCCACAAUUUUUUAUGCUCUGCGUUUAUUUCACUCAUGUAAUAGUUAUGUAUAAAGCUAAAUUAAAUAAUAAUAUAUUACCAUACAUUUAUGUUAAAUACUUA